AUGUAUCCCCCAACUGGCAACACUGGACGAUACCAACGUCUAAGUCAAGAUCCCGAACGCAUCCUUGAUCCCCAUACUUCUUCCUCCUCCAAAUCCCUGUUAUUCCGUAUCCAUUUGCGAGAUGUACUCCGCGAUCUAUGGCGGAUACGCUAUGCUAGAUUCAUGGGAUUUUUGACAGCAGUUCUCUUGAUAGGUGCUCUAGGCAAAAUCUAUAUGACCGAUUCUCCAAUCACCGAUGUCUUUGCUUUUGAUCAAAACGAAAAACCUCUCUACCUCAAUACACAUCCUCAAACUCCCCUUGCCCUCAGACUGACGAUUAUGUCGCGCGUGGAGGAGUUCGAGCGUCGGGAGACACUUCGACAAACAAUGUUAAACGGGGUUUUUUCUAAAGACGUUCACCUUGAUUACAAGUUCGUUGUGGGUAGAGCUGUGGGUCUGAUGGCGAGGGCAAGGAUUUUCUUCGAACGGUUGUCCCACGAUGAUAUGCUUAUAUUAGAAGAUCUCAACGACGUAGCUAAUAGACUCUCUGAAAAGAGGUAUGCGGCAUUGCAGUGGGCCAACAUAAUACCACAUGAUGAAUAUGACUUUUCGAUGACCGUGGACUCUGACACAUUCUGUCGGCUUGGCGCUCUUGCUCGUAGGUUGCGUCACGAGUACCCUGAUAUCAAACCUAGAAACGAGUCUAUCAUCAUCGCCAGAAUGUUAUCCAACCUUGUUUACUUUGAAAACACAGUCCCGGACGGCAACACAGACGACGACGACGAGGACCACUAUGUAAAGGGACCGUGGUAUUCACACCCAAUAGGAUUCGCAUACCUCAUUAGUUCUAACACAACUCGCACAAUUUUAAGCGCCAAUCCACCUCUUCCUCAUCACGUAAAUUAUCCUGGCGAUGACGUAAUGAUUGGUUCGUGGAUUGCAGGUUUCAAGCAUAUGAACGAUCCAAGCACUGUGUUCGAGACCGUACCUGAAAACACACCACCUCCGCAAUAUCGUGUGUAUCCAAAACCUUAUAUUCCAUAUACUAUGGACACGAAAGUCGUAGACGAUGAAGCCGGGUUUCAUGAUGUUAAAGGCAGAGGUGGGAAGGAUGCUCGAGUUGGUUGGCAAUCUGUUUGCGUGCAUAGACUAACUUCCGAGGAGAUGAGACUCUUGAGAGAAAGAGAGGAGAUAGAGUCAGAAUGGGAGAGUCCUAUUAGGUAG